AUGGGCCCGUGCGCUUUCAAGAACCGUUCUCCGCCCCCUUCAAUUCCCGCUUCUGAAGUCUAUGCCAACCAUCUCCCUACGGAGUACAUGUACGGACUCUGUUGCAACGCAGCCCAGAGGCAACCUACGAGAGUUCACCACGUUACUGCAAGAGUCUACAACCUACAAGAGUUUACCAACGUUACUGCAAGAGUCUACAACCUACAAGAGUUUACCAACGUUACUGCAAGAGUCUACAACCUACAAGAGUUUACCAACGUUACUGCAAGAGUCUACAACCUACAGGAGUUCACCAACGAUACCACAAGAGUCAACAACUUACACGAGUUCACCAACGAUACCACAAGAGUCAACAACCUACUUUGGAUGAUGGAAAAUAGUGACAGGAAACUUCUUGCUAACCCGGCUCGGCCUAUUGAGUACAGGCUACGCCUGGAGCCUAGCUUCGACGACGAUACAUUCAACGGUUCAGUCAACAUACUCAUAGAGACCUUCAAGCGAAUCGAGAAAAUCAAGUUGAACAGCUCCAAGCUUCAUCUUGAAUCGGUUUGUUACUCCUUGGCCUUUCUAGGAAAGACAGAAAAGAUAGGAGAGGAAGAUUGGUCACCGGCCCAGUACAGUUGUGAUCCUGAAGAGCAGACUCUUACUCUCCAGUUCCCCGAGACGAUUGAAGCCCAGACAGUCUUCAGCAUCCGUAUCGUGUUUUCCGGAAUACUCGAAGAGAACCUGGCUGGUCUAUAUAGAUCAACGUACACCGAUGAUGAGGGAGUCAAACAUGUCCUGGCAACUACUCAUUUGCAGCCAAACUAUGCACGCCAAGUCUUUCCUUGCUUUGACGAGCCUGCACUGAAGGCAUCCUUUGCUGUCGAAGCCGUUGUGCCAGCCGACCUCGACUGUGUAUCGAAUAUGCCCUCCGAGACGAACGUCAAGUUGCCGUCGGGCAAGCACCUGGUCACCUUCGCUAGGACCCCGAAAAUGUCAACAUAUCUCGUUGCUCUAGUCAUUGGCAAACUGGAGUCAAUCGGCUCACGAGCAAGUUGGGUUCCAAUCAAUCUCUACACCCCGGUUGGACUGAGCUCUCAGGGCAGUUUCGCCUUGGACAUCGCCGUCAAAGGCCUUCAGUUCUUUGAAGAGGCAUUCGGCUGCGAGUAUCCUCUGCCUAAGCUCGAUCUGGUUGCUGUGCCUGACCUAGCCGCUGGCGCGAUGGAGAAUUGGGGCCUGGUCAUCUACAGAACAGCGGAACUGCUCUUGGACCCAGACGAUAGCAGCGUCUCUCGCAAGAAACGCAUCGCAGAAACCACUCUUCACGAAAUAUCCCACUCUUGGUUCGGAAACCUUGUCACCAUGGACUUCUGGGAUGGAUUAUGGCUGAACGAGGGAUUUGCAACCUGGAUGUCUUGGUUUGCUGUCGACAAAUUCUUCCCCCAAUGGCAUGUUUGGCAGGAUUAUGUUGCCGAUACACUUCAAUCGGCCAUGGAGCUCGACGCUCUGCGUACCACACACCCCGUUCAAGUCAAGAUCAAUGACGUUGCCGAUGUCGGGCAGGUCUUCGACCACAUCUCUUACAAAAAGGGGUCGAGCGUGCUUCGGAUGAUCUCCAAAGAGCUGGGCGAAGAGACCUUCUUGGAAGGCGUCCAGCACUACCUUCAGAGACACAGCUUCGCCAAUGCUACAACCGAGGAUUUGUGGGAUGCACUGGAGCAUGCCAGCGGGGCUCAAGUCAGAAGAUCCAUGUCUAUCUGGACCAAGGAGGUGGGGUUUCCUGUGGUGGAAGUCACCGAGCAUGAACGUGACGGCAAGCUUGCUCUCACCCUCAAACAGAGGCGUUAUCUGUCGAAUCAAGACGACGCUGGCGAUGAUCUUCCGUUCUCAUACCCACUUCGUAUCGUUGUUCGAACAACUAGCGGGCUGAGGUCACUGAAUCUUGAAUCUGAGCAAUCGACUUUGACAUUGGACGAUCCAGUGUUUUACAAGCUUAAUGUCGAUCAGAACGGAUUCUACAGAACCGCCUACCCGCUCGACAGACUUCAAAAGUUUGGUGCAGCCUCCAAAGAAGGAUUACUGAGCGUGGAAGAUAGGGUCGGUAUCGUGGCCGAUACCUCUGCUCUCUGCGCAUCCGGGCAUCAAUGCACUACGGGUCUCCUCGACCUGCUUCUUGGCAUGAAAGACGAGCCAGACUAUGUGGUAUGGGUGCAAAUCACGAGAAGUCUGAAGAACGUCAGAUCAGCGUGGAUUUUCCAACCCCCUGAAGUGACUACGGCUUUAAAGACGCUCUCUACAGACAUCCUCCUCCCAAAACUUACCGAGCUGGGAUGGGCCAUUGACAGCGACGACGAUGAAAUUCUGCAACAGUUCAAACCCCUUCUCUUUGAUGCCGCUGGGCUUGCCGGGGAGCCGACCGUCAUCUCCGCCGCCCAGGAAAUGUUCGGCAAGUAUGCCAGUGGUGACAAGGACGCACUUCAUCCGGCGCUGAGAGACUGUACCUAUGGUCUCGUCCUUGCGAAUGGCGGCGACGAGGAAUUUGAUGCUGUUUGGAACCUCUAUGUAAAAGCUACAAGUGAGGAUGAGAAAUGGUAUGCCCUUGGGAACCUGGGGUGUGUCUCGACACCGCAUCUUGUCCAGAGGUUAGUGGAUCGUCUUCUCGCGCCCGAGAUAAAAGAUCAAGACACUCCUGAUCUACUGCGACUCAUUGUGCCUCUGAUUCUCGGAGGAUUCUCGACCGAGGAGCAGCUAGCCGAGGCGGAAGCUUUCUUCAGCCAGCAGGACACGAAAACCUUUAACCAGGUACUCGAACAAGAACUGGAGAAGAUUCGCGCGAGGAUUUCGUGGACCAAACGGGACUCAGCCAAUGUCAGAACUUGGUUAGAGGACCACGGCUACCUUGCGAAUCGAUCCGAUAGCUGA